GCAGUCGUUAGUUGAUAAGCAAGAGCCCGCGCUUCUCGCCAUUUAUCGUGUCUCGGUUCACAUCGGUUGCUUCCUAGCGGAGUUUAUAUAGGUGAACGCAGGCGGAGUAAGAUCUGCAGUCUCCUCAGAACGGUCCUCGAUGUCGAACGUACGGUGCGCUUAAUCUCAACCCAACACAGCAAGUUCUCGCGAGUGUGGUUCCGUGUGGUGUUCUAGUUUCUAAUGGAUUUUCCAGUUCCUUCCUAAUAUCCGGUCAGCUUUAAGUGUAUUUUGUCGUGCAUAAUUACUAGCCACUCAAGUUGUCGUUUCUAUUAUGUAAUUUAGUAAACAGAGUCUCUGUAGGUGCAGUUUGUUAAGCAAAAAAAAAAAAAAAUCGGCUGUGAGAGGCAAUUUCAGUGAUUUCUUCGAGAUUAUUUCUUGUUUUUUUUUGCGGGGUAGGGUUCAAAAUUAAAUUGAAAAGUUGACGGUAUUUGGUUCAAUCUUUUUCAUUCGUCGUUAUGCUAUUUGAAGUCCCUGCCCACUAUCAAGUGCUGUGUUAGUGCGAAAUAAAUAAUUCAUUCCGGAAAAGUGAAAAGUGAUUGCUUAAAAUGCGACCAGCGGUGAACACUGUCAUCGUAAAGGCAUACGUAAUCGUAUUUUUCACCAUCGUUAAGAUAUCCGCUACAACAAACUCGUCCGAUCACACACCGUCGGAUGUACCAAAGGCGAGUACCGCAGGUCAUCUGGAUAACGAGACGGAGAUAAUCGACACAACACUGCUGAUCAAAGAAUACGAGAGUACAAGCCCUGCCGACGAUGAAACGACUACAAUUAUUAGCAGUAGCAGCUCACAGUCUAAAACCUUCAUUACCAGUAGUACAAACGUUCCAUUGUUAGGAACCUCCACAGAGUCGAGUACAACAGCUGAAAAUAAAACGAUGACCCCGGAGGAACUCCAGAAGCUACUGCUCCCGCCGGCCAAAGUCGAGGCCGCAAUAUUGCACUUCAACACGACGGAAGAUACGCAUGAGAAGAAUAUAAACGAUCCCGACUGUCCGUCUCUAGAUGAAGCGGGCCACAUGUCCCAGACGCAGCUACUUUCACGGUUGACUCAUGUCUGCCGGUAUGAUCGAUUGGAGCGACCGAUGACCAUUCACAAUGGAACAAAAUUACCAGUGGAAGUUUUUGCGCGAGCAUACAUCUAUUUUCUUCAAAAUCUGGAAGCACAUGAUUUGCAAUUCAAGAUCCACGUAUUGCUGCAACUGCGGUUCGUAGAUCCUCGGUUAGUUUUCAAAAGAGUCGCACCCAACCGGACGGAACCGAUUAUGGGCGAGCAAUCAUUACGGGACGUGAUUUGGGUACCGCACGUGUUUCUAGCCAACGAACGCAGUUCGGACAUCCUGGGAACAGCCGAAAAAGAUAUUCUGACGUCGAUUUCACCGGAUGGUACCAUCAUUAUUUCCACGCGAAUCAGUGCCACGUUGUAUUGCUGGAUGAAUCUGCAGAAAUUUCCCUUCGAUGAGCAACAUUGUUCUACGGUGCUUGAAAGUUGGAUGUACAACGUUGGUGAUCUCAUCCUGAAAUGGGAGAAAAGCACACCAGUGACACUAGCACCAGAGUUGCAUCUAACAGAAUAUGUACUUUUGGAUAUGUUCACUAACGAAACAAUUGUUAAUGCUGAUUUAAGUGAUCUGCGUCAUGGAGCUUUCGCUGGAAACUACAGCUCACUGAGUUUCACGGUGCAUCUGGCUCGUGAAAUGGGCUUCUAUUUAAUGGAUUAUUUUAUUCCCUCAAUUAUGUUGGUGACGAUCUCUUGGGUAACGUUUUGGUUACAAGCCGAUCAGUCGGCACCUCGAAUUACGCUGGGAACCAGUACCAUGUUGACAUUUAUUACAUUGGCAUCUGCACAGGGCAAAACACUGCCAAAGGUUAGCUAUAUCAAAGCUUCCGAAAUCUGGUUCCUAGGCUGCACCGGCUUUAUUUUUGGCAGUUUGGUGGAGUUCGCUUUUGUAAACACUAUCUGGAGACGAAGAAAAAACGUAGAGCUGAAAAAAAAGAACAGCAAAUAUAUUUUCAAAUCUCUCACUCCACUCCCUACUCGUAAGGAUAUUGGAGGCUUACAGAAAUCUCAUUCCUGUACAAGCUUAGAUGGUCAAGCGACAGUUACCGCUUCGACGAAUUCUUUCAACAAUUAUCUGACAGUUCAUUCGUUCCCAGCUAAAUCAAGCUCCACGCUUCCUAUCAUAACGACUUCAAGUGUGGACAACUUGGAUAACCGAAGUGGCAACGUUUCAAUUAGGAUAGAAGAUACAACGCUGGUCAACGGAGAUGCGAAGAAAUCCGGUGAUCAGUCGAACGUGAACGGAAAUGGUUGGACCACUAUGACACCACAGGAAAUAGCAAUAUGGAUUGACAAGCGAUCACGAUUUGUAUUUCCGCUUUGUUUUCUAGUAUUCAACAUUUUUUAUUGGUCGUUCGUGUACUAUACGUGAUUUCACGCGAGAAAGCACCGCAAAUCUCAGUGUUGAAUAUAUCGCUUAUUCACAAAACAUGUCGUUGCCAUUGUAAGAUUUAAAUGUGUCAGGUGAUUUUAUUGUAAGAAAGUGAAAAGAUUGUCAAUAUAUAUAUGUGAAUGUAGUUAUGUGCGUAGGAUACAGUUACAGUUAAAGAGUCAACCUUUAUUUUUUCACUGUAGUAAUGUAUUAAUAAAAUAUUUGAUUUGUUUUAAAACAAAUGUAAAUGCAUAACAAAUAGUCAAUUAUUUAUUAAAAGAGCCUGUAAAUGAUCGAAUAAAAUUAUUUGUUUUUUCUUGAA